ACAAGUACCAAUCUCCAAACCUUGUUAUAUAAACUCAUCACUUCCAUUAAUUAGCAUGCACACCAAAUAUAUUUACACGUUAUGUUGAAGCCACACACCAAAUCUACUCUUAAGUUUGUGAAGACUGCUUCUCAGUCUCCAACGAGUUCAUGGAGCUCAAAUUCUGGAGGAAUGCCAAAAUAUGAAGGUAAAGAGCGUCUCCAUGACAAAUCUAAGUCUUCUCAGAAGUCUCCUACAAAAGAAAAUACCAAACCUCAAGAAAUUAGACUCCACACUCAACAAAGAGCAACCAGACGAGCAACGUUCAACUACAUGGUUGCAGCCAAGCUGAGCAUCUUGGAGCAGCGUAGAAAACAAGAAGAGAUGUUGCAGAAGAUGAUAGAAGAGGAAGAGAUUCGCUUACUGAGAAAGGAGAUGGUUCCAAGGGCUCAAUUGAUGCCCCAUUUUGACAGACCUUUCGUUCCCCAGAGAUCAAGAAGGCCCUUGACAGUUCCUAGGGAACCAAGUUUCAUGAGCAGCAAGUGCUUCGGCUGCAACUCUAGCAGUGGCUUCUACAAUUUCCAGCACACAACUCAAGCUAUGAACCCCAUCAAGUAGCCGACCAUACCUACUCUAAGCACCACCUCGAAUUAAUAGAUUUAUUUCUUAAUUAGUAUACAAACUCCCCCCUGAGCUGCUGCCUUCAUGCAUAUAACGCCUUUAAUUUCUUCUUUUUGAGAUCCUUUUUCUUGCAUAGUUGCUAAAAUUCCAGUGUAACUGGAUAGCUGUAAUCUAGUUGACCCUGAAGGGGAAUUGCUAGUGAUCAUAUUCUCCACAGUAAUCAAUAAAGUGAGAGUUUUUCU